AUGAUGCGCUUCAAUGCGGCUGGCGUUCAAGCCACUCUGUCGACAGCCGACCUGGAUGCCUCUCUGUCGAGGUCUGUCACGCUGACGAUGGGAAAGGAGCAAGCAAUCGAUGAUCAACGAGUGGAGGCACAUCUCGCGGCUGGCAAUGCUUUACCUACCGCCCCCAUUGGUGCCGAUGGCAGCACCAAGGGAGUACUGCAGUACCUUGGUGAAAACGAAGACAUCCCUUUCCUGAUGGCUGAAUCUAGAGAGAAGAGCGAAUACGCAGUUCUGGCGCCGCCACAGCCUCGCGCGCUGCGCCUUACCGUGGAGACCAAUGACCGCUCCCACCAUUGCAGGAAUCAAACUGCAGCAACCGAUCUGAAGAUAGAAGUCUUUGUGAACGGCGCGCUUUCGGACGUCUUCUACUUGAAUCCCAAGAAGACCGGUACGACGCACAAAUAUGCCAUCAAUGGCACUCGAAUCCAUCGACAGAUAGAGAAGCCGUGGAUCUAUCAGCCUUCAGCAGCACUAAGUUCGAGCAAGUUGAAUGCAUCGGAACGUUGGGGAGGCGCGUCGGUAAUGCUGAAGCAUGAGGGCCGCACUCGUGGCAGCAACAAAUGGGGCGAUUUCUCGCCUUCUGGAGCAUUCCUGACCGCGCUCGCGGACCUUACGCUACCGGAGAGACUUCGAGACAGUCAGCACAUAGGCCUCAUUGACGUGAUCAUCGUGUCUGGGAAGGGAGGUAAGGACGGGCCCUCUCACGGAUACAUAGCACGGCCCACGCGUCUGAGAAACGACAACUACCGAAAUGAUGUCCCUCUCGGAGCUGGGUCUCGGCCACAGACCCCAAAUCACAUGAGCAGACCGACGAUGUCUGACUUGCAGAGCAAGGGCGCAGAUUGGGACUCUGACGCGAGACAAGACUCCGUGGCUGAAGACUCAUCGUCUCCACUGCCCUCGAAGCAUGCGAGAAGUAUGCUUAGAUUUUCCAAUGCAGUCGGACACGCACAUCCUCAGCAUCCGCCCGUGUCAGAUGACCCAUUUACAGAGAAGUGCGCUGCGGAUGAGUCUCCAGCGACAGCUGCUCGGGGUCCAGCCGAGCUGCCCUCGACUUCGUCAGAUGUUCCUCUUGCUACCCGGCAGCAAGCAAAAUCGAAAAACAAGCACACUACCCAGCCUCAAGAGGGCAAAUUGACCACGACGGAGGCAAAAGCAAAAGAAUUCGCUGAUGCGCAUGGUAUUGCGUUUCAAAGAGACGUGGUGAUAGAUGGAAUCAAGAACCGGAGAGGAAAAGACAUUGGUUCUCGAACGAUCACGCAGCGUAUAGGUGAUAUCCAAAAGAUGACACCUAAGAACCAAGGAGCUGCAAUCAGCAAGCUGAAGGAGGAACUUGGUCAACGGGAUUCUGAUCGUCCUGGGCAGAGCUCUCCCGUGGGGCCUCUUCGAACCCGAUCACAAUCUUCUGUCAAGCACGGAACUCCUCGUGGCCCUGCCUCAUCCACGGCGUCCUCCACUCCAGCCCCGGCGCAUCUCGCCGAGCAGCAGACGUUCUCGUCAAUCACUGAAGCCCGCACUGCAAUGGCUUUGGACAAUGGUGCUGAUCCUGGCGGAAGGCUCAUCGCACGUAUCGCAUCUCUUUCUCCGCAUCCGCCGCGCACCAAGAAGCAGACACCACUAGCAAACGAGGAAUCCGGAGUGUCAACGCCAAUUUCGACGCCCCGUCCACUUCAGCCUAUUCAGAGACCGGAAACUCCAAAGGCGAAGACACCUCCGCCUUCAGAUUCUGUCAAACGCUCUUCACGCAAACCGGGCAAGCUCGACGAUCAGACUCCCGAAGAAGCACUUGCGAACUUUAAAGUGCCCGACUUGUGCAAGGACUGCACUGUUAGCUUUGCUGGGGGCAAUGCUCAGCGACAAAUCCAGAAGACGAGGCCGGGCUUUUUCGACGAGGAUGAAAUAGUUGUAGGCAUGCGAUUUGUUGUUGUGUAG